GGGCCACGACGUAGCCCCCAACGCCCGGGGCGUCUACCGCGGCGGCCGGGAAGGAAAGCUGCUGCUCUCUCCUUCUCCCGCUCCGCCACCUCCUUCGCUAGCAUCACUGCUUCGCAGAAGGUGGUGACGGCAUCCCAUUCCGUCUCGCUCCGGACCAUGGCUUCGACCAGGGCCGGACGCGAGAGGUCGCCGCCGCCUAUCGCCGCUACGAGGACACGGCGGUGCUCCGCCCAGGCAGGGCAAACCUCCACGGUGUGCUCCACCGUGUCCUCCGGUCGAUCCUCGAUACUUUGUAGGCCUAACAUUUAGGUCACAUUUAGGUCACAAGUUAUCAAAAUAUUACAAAUAAACAUCUAGUUAUCAAAAAGCAAACAAAGGUCAAUACACGACUCGAGGAUAACCUCUUCAGCUUGUUGAAUAUGUGUAGAUAAUAUGUCAGUAUGUAGGUCCACCCGAAAAUUUUAUGGUAGCAGUCGGAUUUAGAGAAAUUACAUUUCAAUCCUCUCGGUCGAAGUUGGACUUACCUAGUCGAACAAUUUGUCCUAGAUAAAUAUACUCGUAGUGUAUGAUACCCAAAAACUACUGGCAUAGGUGUGCCAAUGACAUUACACAUGACUUGAUUUGUCCAUGUUCAUUUUGAAAACUAUGCGUUGGGAAACAGUAUUGAGGUCGCUGGGCAAAAGUGCUUGAGAGAUUCUACCAUAAGAAUUUUAUCGUCAGCAAUUAAAAGACAUAAUACUAAUUAAUAAAGGAAAAUAUUUCUGCUGCGCCGUUGACAACUGUCAAAGCGUAACGACUAUACAUACAAUGUUUAUCAAUAUGGAAUAAAUCCAGGGAAGUAAUGUAAUAAUAUUUCAUUUAUAGAGUGAAGUGAUUUUAUUUAGGCCGUAAAUGAUUGUUUCAGGGAAAGAUGCGGGGUACCGCACAUUUCAAGUUAAUAUGAAUAUGUAAUAUAAAGACUUUUGAGUGUUGUAGUGAUCUGUUUAGAUUUUUUAAUGAAUAUCUCUGCUCCUCUACAUUCACAGCCGGAUUUCCGACAGUUUCAAAAUUGUGCUGACGGUAGGCUGUUUAAAGGUAAAAGGGGAUUAAAUAUAUAAAUUAAACGAUGCCAUAGUAAAAGUAUUUCGGCUUCACAGCCUGCCGUAGAAAUUCAUAACUUUAUUAGCAAUUCCUCUAAUGACACAAAUUUGUCCCUUUUUUCGGAGCAAAUUUUCAAUUAUUAUCGUAAUGUACCAGUGGUUAAAAGAAUUCCUAGAGGUGCGAGGAUGCAGCUUGCUAAAGGAUUGUCAUGCACUAUUCAAAAUUGUUUCACUAAUAGUAAAAAUAGUUGGCAAAAAUUAUUUACUUUCGCGUAUUCUCAUUUUCAUUUUGAUAAAACAAUAAAUAAAUCAAUUACGUCUCAACUAAAAGAGACAUCUUUUCUAAAUUUAGAUUACCCAAUUAAUACUCAUUUUUCUCGACCACGUCCUAAAUUUGAUUUAAAAAAAGUAGUUGAGUCGAAAGUAAUGGAUGGCGACUUAAAAAAUGCAUCCCGUAUUUUAUUCUCAGACGACAUCCUGGCUCCUCGUCACGUCGAAACUCUUGAAAGCCUUCGUCAAAAGCAUCCUUCGGUCAAACCGUCUCAGGGUUUACCGCUGCCUCCCAAGACUUCUAUGCAACCUUUACAAAUUUCGGAAAAAGACACUGUAGAAGCAAUUAUGUCAUUUUCGAAUGGUUCUGCUGGCGGAAUUGACGGAAUUACACCUCAACAUCUUAAAGAUCUUGUAAGCGCUUCUGCCGGUAACGCCGGCGGAGUACUUCUUAAAGAUAUUACAAAAUUAUGUAAUUUUAUGCUUUCUGGUAAUGUUAAUCCAAAUUUCAUUCCAUUCUUAUACGGGGCAAAAUUAUGUACCUUCAAAAAAAAGGAUAACGGUAUCCGUCCUAUAGCCGUUGGUUCCACAUUUCGACGCUUAACUUCAAAAUUAGCUUGCAGGUACAUAAUCUCUAACCUUAAGACCAAAUUUCAGCCUACUCAACUAGAUUUUGGCACUAGAGGUGGCUGUGAGGCGGCGGUACAUUCAGUGCGUACAUUUUUAACAAACUCUGAUGCAGAUGUUCUUGUGAAGGUUGACCUAAGGAAUGCUUUUAACUCUAUCGAUAGGGUAACCUUGCUGAAAGAAGUAGCUAACAAUACCCCCAAAUUUAUUAUUACUUUUGACAAUGUUAUAGUCAAAAUACUAACUUGUUUUACGAAAACCAUGUUACCGAUUCUGCUGUCGGUGUUCAGCAGGGUGACCCUCUGGGUCCAGCACUUUUCAGUUUGGGAAUUCAACGCAUUAUUUCAAAUUUGAAAUCCAAGCUGAAUGUCUGAUACCUAGACGACGGUACACUGGGAGGUAGAGCAGAUGACGUCCUCAGCGAUCUUACUCAUAUUUUUCAAAAUUUUAAAAAUAUUGGCCUUGAACCAAAUAGCAAUAAAUGUGUUUCCAAUAAUUUAUCUACUUCUCAUAGAGACACUUUAAUUCAAAAUUUUAAUCAUAUUUGUCCAGGAAUAAAAACUGUCAGUACGGAAUCAUUAUACCUGCUAGGUGCCCCGUUGUUUUUCGAUAGUAUUAAACCUGUUUUAAAAACAAAAUUUGAUCAGUUUUUAAACCACGUUGAUAAAUUGUAUAAAUUAAACCCCCACAUAGCUCUUACUAUUUUAAAAUAUUGUCUUCUUAUACCUAGAUUUACAUACUUACUCCGCUCGAUUCCAGUCUGGAAAUGUUCGGAUAUUUUACAAGAUAUUGAUAAUAAUCUUAAAAUAGCUAUAGAAAAAAUUCUAAAUUUAACUUUAAAUACAACAGUGUGGACUCAAGCUACUUUACCUAUAAAAUUUGGUGGCAAUGGUGUGAGAAAUCUUUCUAGCGUUGCAUUGCCUGCUUUCCUUGCUUCCGUGCAUAGUGUCAGUGACUUAUGCAACAUAAUUUUAAAUAAUAAAGUAGACCUAUGCUUUGCUACGGAGGCAGGGCAGACAUGGAAAACGCUCUGUCCUGGUGAAAAUAUUCCACUGGAAGUUAACCAACAAAAAACAGUGGGCUAUUUCGUUAGUACAGGGCGUGCAGAAAGAUUUGUUUCAUAAUUUCCAUAGUGACCAAGAUAAGGCACGCCUUCUAGCUGUUUCGAUUAAGGAAUCUAGUCACUGGUUACACGCUUUACCAUCAAGUAAUCUCGGCACAUUACUUGAUAGGGAAAGCUUGCGCAUUUGCGCAUUGCCGUAGGAAUCCUACUAGGAGCGGCGAUUUGUCAACCCCAUCAGUGCCCCUGUGGUAGCAGCGUCAAAAAGUUUGGGCUCCACGGAAUUUCAUGUAAGAAAAGCGCUGGUAGGUUUUCACGACACAGUUCUUUGAAGGAUGUCAUCCGAAGGGCUCUUGCCUCUAUAAAUAUUCCCUCGGUUUUAGAGCCUUGUGGAAUAUUUAGAGACGAUGGCAGGAGACCCGACGGUAUGACAUUGGUCCCUUGGGAGAGAGGUAAAUCCCUAGUGUGGGAUGCUACUUGCGUAGACACUCUGGCGGCCUCUCAUCUCAGGGGUACCUCGUUUAAAGCCGGGGCGGCAUCAGAGGCAGCUGAACUGAGUAAGUGGCGCAAACAUGAGUCUUUGAGAGAUGACUACAUAUUUGUGCCAUUUGCUGUAGAGACUAUCGGUCCGUGGGGUCCACGGGCGGUGAAGUUCCUAAAGGAACUCUAUCCGCGGCUGGUCGUUGCUGCUGGUGAUAAGAGGGUUGAUUCUUUCCUCGCUCAAAGGCUAAGUAUAGCCAUUUAGCGGGGAAAUGCAGCCAGCGUUCUUGGCACGAUACCGCGGGUAGUAGGACUAUAUGAUAAUUAAGUUUCUAGUUUUUUUUUUCUUAGUUUUUAAUAUACCAUUAGUGUUCACUAUAAAAUUAUAUUCGGUAUAGACGGUAAUUAUUAAAUGCAACAUAUUUUUUUAAAUUAUUUAUUACAUUUGUCAGUGGAACUAAUUUGCUUUAAUAAAGUUGGUGAUGAUUCUAAAUAAGAAUAAAAUUCUGGGCAAGUUUUUCUUAUUGUUACCUUUGUUAACAACAUCGCCUUUAUAACUGG